AUGUUGGAAAAACUGAAAGAGGUGUUGAUUCGAUUGCGUUUUGCCAAUCUGACUCUAAAACCAGGCAAGUGUUCACUGGGUGCUAAUCACAUAGAAUUUUUGGGUUUUGUCAUUGGUGGAGGAACAAUAUGUCCGGGAAAUGCGAAGACGAGAGCGGUACAAGAGUUUCCGACUCCGAAUGACGUUCAUGCAGUACGCAGGUUCCUAGGGUUAACAGGUUUCUUCCGGAGGUUCGUGGAGAACUAUGCCACAAUAGCGCUACCACUGUCGAAUCUGACAAAGGCCGGGACAACAUUCGUGUGGAAUGAGCCACAGCGGGAAGCAUUUGAUAAACUAAAAAGUGUUCUGGUAAGUAAACCGGUGAUGAAAAUGUUUAACCAAAAUGCUUUUUCAACAGAAGUACACACAGAUGCCAGUUCGGUGGGAAUAGGAGCAAUGCUGUUACAACGGGACAAAGAUGGUGAAGCACCGAAGUUGGUGUACUGUAUCAGUAAGAAGUUAACUGAGGCGGAGUCAAAAUACCACUCAGGAAAAUUGGAAUUAAUGGCUGUGAUAUGGGCGGUGAAUAAGUGGCGUAUUUUUUUACUAGGCGUUAAAUUUACAAUACUUACAGACUGUCAAGCCUUGGUUUAUCUGAGGGCUCACCGAGCUCUGAGACCUCAAAUCGCCAGAUGGCAUGAUCUGCUACAAGAAUAUGAAUAUGACAUUCAACAUCGGCCGGGGAAUAAAAUGGCACAUGUGGAUGCAUUGUCAAGAGCGCCAGUGACGGAGAGCGACGGCACAACUUUGAAUGAUGUACUCGCGGAGAGACUGGACGUUUAUGUGACCAUUACUCAGGAGGAAAGAGUGCUGAUUGCACAAACUGCUGAUGAGGACAUCAAAGAUAUAAUCAAGAUACUGAAGAAGCCCGAAGAAGAGAGAACUAAGUCGGAAAAAGCUCAGGCACGUGGAUUUGAACUACAAGGGCAACUACUGUAUCGAUUCCACAACGGGAAGAAACUAUUUGUUAUGCCAAAGAGUAUGCGGAAGAGCAUAACGGUUGUGGCACAUGAUCUGUGUGGUCAUUUAUCAGUAGAGAAGACAGUGAGCCAAAUCUUGCAAGAUUAUUGGUUCUCAAAGUUGAGAAGAUAUGUGCGAAGACAUGUGAAGAUGUGCAUAGAAUGUUUAAUGUCUAAGAAACCAAGAGGUAAACAACCAGGACCACUACAUCCUAUUCCAGUGGGAAGACGUCCAUUCGAUACGGUUCACAUGGAUCAUAUAGGACCAUUUGUGACUACUCCAACAGGAAAUAAGUAUAUACUAGUCAUUGUUGACAAUCUCACAAAGUUUACAUGUUUGUUUGCAGCAAAAGACACAAGUACUAAUGGUACGAUCGACAACUUGACAACGUUAGUGCAAAUGUUUGGACUGCCUAACCGUUUGGUCACUGACAGAGGAACAUGCUUUACGGCCAGAAAGUUUGAAGAGUUCUGUGAAGAGAAAGGGGUACACCAUACGUUAACCUCAACGCGAAGACCACAAGCAAACGGGCAAGUAGAACGUACGAAUAGUAUUGUGCUGUCUAUGUUGGUGGCGCAGGUUACGAAAGAAGAUGAAUGGGACCAGUGGCUGCCAGUAGUACAGAUGCAGAUCAAUAACAGUGAGAGCAAGGUAACUCAGAGGACGCCAUUCGAACUGUUACAUGGGUACCGACCUCGGUUUAGACUGGGGAAGACAAGAGAACUAUCAGAAACAGUAGACACUUGGACGUGUCCAAAUGAACUGUGGGAGGAGGCCAGGGAAGCUUCUGAGAGGUCAAAAGCAAAAAUGAAAGAAGACUAUGAUUUGCACCGACACAACAACACUAAGUAUACGGUUGGAGAAAUUGUUGUGAUGACGACAGUGCCUACUCAUACAGGGCAAUCAACCAAAUUGCAAAAUAAAUACAGGGGACCAUUGACAAUCACAGAAGUAUUGCCAGGAGAUGUCUAUCGAGUUGCUCAACUACAAGAAGAUCAGAAAAGACUGUUUACAACAACAGCACAUGUAUCUCAGCUCAAAUCUUGGAGGUUGGAGGAUGAACCAGACGAAGCGAGUGAUACCAGCGAGGAAGAAGGACGAGGGCCAAAUGGUGCGACUAGUUGUGAAGAUGAUGCUGAUCCACCACCUGCAGAACACCAGAAGAAUGGCAAAGAGGUCAGGAAAUCGGACAGGGUCAGGAAGAAGCCUACAAGAUUAGACGAUUAUGUCUAA